AUGGGAGUUGACCCAUCCGCUGCCCUGGAAUACACCUGGAUUGCCUGUCUCCUAAUGCAGCUCUUGCGCGGAUGGUUGAUAUUGCGCAUUGCCAACACGUUCGUCGGACUCCGCGUGAUGCUGUUGGUGUUCACGAAGAACAUUGUCGAGCUUUUAACCAUUGUGUCACUCCUUGCCAUUGGGAUGAUGGUGUUCGCAAUACUGAUAUUCGCUGCGGAGAUAGGUGUGGACGGUGGAUUCUACACAGCCUGGGAAGGCUGCUGGUGGGCCGUUAUCACGAUGACAACUGUGGGUUACGGGGACAUGUACCCACACAACUGGCCUGGGUACAUUAUCGGUGCGUGCUGUGCUGUCACUGGGAUCAUGAUCACGGCCAUGUCCAUACCAAUCGUCAGCAGUAAUUUUAACGUUUAUUAUAACCACGUUACUCUGGCCACCGCACAUAUCAAACGACGUGUCAAGGAGUUACGGGCCAAACAUGGCAGUCAGGUCGAAAACUUCCCAGGUCCAGUGGCGUUGUGA